GGAAGGAGAGCAUUUAUUCCAAGAAGGAAGGUCUUGCGGAAAGACAUCGAGGAUUUUUGAGACUUGGGUAUAUAAGAAGUAGUAGAGAAUACUAACGCAACUACCUGCUUAACAAAGAUUCGUUUUCUCCCUCAUUGGGAUAUCUUCUCUUCACUACUUUCAGCGAGUAGAAAGUGUAACGUCAUUGCCUUCAGAUUACUCCUGGUAUGGAUUGCAAGAAAAAAGGUCUUUCGAUGCUGAGCUGAAGACUGCGAGAUAUUUUAGAAGGAAAAUAGAUUUAAGAUUUUUCAAGAGCUUUUCCCGCGGGGACUACCAUCUAUCAACUGUUGAAGCAACAAGUGCGCAUAUAUUUGUACUAAAAAAUAAAUAAUUUUGGUUGAAGAUAAUUGUAAGGAGAAGUGUGGCGUCUAAGGGUAUUCCAGCGCUUUGUGGAGAAAGUUCCUGCAAGUAAUUUAUCAUUGUGCACUAGCAUCGGUAAAGUGAAGUUAUAUUACUAACACCGAGCUGAGAUUGUAAGGCUGUACUUGAGUAACUCUCAUCAUUGAACAAGGGGCAAAAAAGAGGCAGCUUAGUUGUGUAAUAGAUAGAGGUAGACCGAGGGACCGAGAGUGUAGUACCAUAGGUUACUGGAUAAAAGUCUGAACUUGAUGCGCUAUUAUUUUCUGUGGGUCGAAUAAAUCGCUGCUAUCAGCGCCUUCUUGUAGUCGCUAGUAUAUUUCAGCAUUAACUACACCCAACGUCGUGGCAUGCAAGUGGAUUCUCUAGUCAAGUAGAAGCUCACUAAAGAAAGUAGUACUAGUAGUAAGUAUAAGUCUUCUCUAGAAGUAAACACUAAGUCCAAAUAAUUACUGAGCACUCAGCCUCAAGGCUGUUCUUAUUUAAUGCCGCGAGGAAUCGCGCCGCAGCAGUACUACAACAUGCCAAAGAAUUUAUUCAAUAGCACGUCAAGAGGCGUAGCCUCGGGAAGGCUGUUCGAAGAGGCUUCUGGAUCUGCAGCCUCUAAGGUGGAGCAGGAGGCUUCCCCAAAAGCGGAAAGUGUCCGCAUCCUCUACGCCUCGUCACCCGGAAAGGGGACCCGUUAAGGCAACUCAAUUUGUGAAAUAUAGCUAGCGCGUAUUGAAGACUUCCUAGGAGGGGAGCUUGUCAGAGGUGUAAUCAGUCCACUGAUUCAGAAUUCGCAUCUAUCCUCAUUUCUCCGUCCUCUUUUCGUCUCUAAAUUUUAUUUGGAUUAGAGGAUGACCCGAUUUUCACGCCCUCGCCGGCAAAAGCAAAAGUUCCUUAUUCGGAUGGGAUCGCAAGCGGGUACUUAUUGAAAGCGUUGCUGAUUCGUGUUUUGGUGGUAGGCUAGGUGAAAGGGGUAUGGGUACGAGGUCACAGUGACGGCACUAUGCAGUAAGGGCUCUCUUUGAACUUCAAGUCUUGACUUUCCUCAUAAUUUACCCGUUGUCGUUUAUGGUCAUAGCUUCUUGUAUUGCCAAUCGACAGAAGGACUUUUAUGAUGUGAAAAACAUCAGAGAAGAUGCAUCUCGGAGAGAUUUUUCACAACAAUGCAACUGAAUCCAAACAAACAGGCUGCGGCUUUGUGUAGAGGACGGAAAGCAUUUCGUUUACGGCUAUUUUGAAUUGUGACUGUGGCUUCCUCUGUGUUGAGUACGUGAGGACUUUUCAUGAAGAAGUAAGACAUUGCAUGAAGGGAGGGAGGAUGAGUGGAGGUAUGCAACAUGUUAAGUGGCUCUAAUGUCGUAUGCAACGCAAAGACGGAAAAGACAGCGUUUACAUUGGUAAACAGGAGAAAAACGCAAAGUCUCCCGAUCAAGUUUAUGGCUCGUUGUCGCUUCUCUAUGUCUAGCCCUGGAGGGUUAAGAGUGAAGAGUUUGCUGAGUAAAGCUAAAAAUGUGGGUAAGGCUUGGGGGUUCCAGAUUUCCUAUGGUCAAGACAGCAUACGGAAAAAGGUAACUGAAAGACUCUCUCUAAGCCUGCUUGUGGUCCGAAGGAGGUGGUGGCUCCAAGGCGAAGAGGAUCAAGAUCGAUCACAAUUAUGGAUAUGGUAUUCGGUUUUUCGUCAAUGAAAAACAUCAUGAAGAAUUAUAUGCAAAAAGCACACUGGCAUGCGCAGGGGGUCGCGGAUAGUCUCGGGGGUAGUGGUGAUUUUAUUUCAUCUUGAAGUAAGUAGCAUUGUUAUGCAUGGCGAUCAUCAUCAGCGCUAUAACCAUGAAACGAUUGCCGCCCACUUCGAAAAGCCCGUUCACAUUGUUAUGGCAAGAAGUAAAUGCUAGUCUUUAUGUCAUUUUCGGGGUAGUUAAUCUUUAUGCCGACUUAGAGUCUUUGCGCGAGAAGAAACUGAUAGAAAUGAGAUGAGAUUAGGGGCCUGUAAGGAGGGCAAGCCUUCAGCCCAACCUCCACAAGGUUGAGUUAAUAUCUACUAGGUUCUAGUGGUGGCAUGUAGAGCAAGAGCUCGGGGAAAGAUCUUGGAAAGUGUCGGGUAAUACCUGGUGGGUAACUAAUGAAGGUGGACGAGAGGUAUCUAAGAAUUUUGAUCCGGUGAUCCGCGAAGAGGCGCUGCAAGAGCUAAAUAAAAAAAAGGUGAAAUUGGAGAUCGAAGAGUCGAUGAAAGCAGCGCGCGCCUUAUGGUUGCAUACUGUUGCUUCUGUUAGUACAAGAGCCUGGUAGUUUUGCAAGACCUCACACUGCUGUCAGCUGCAUGGAAAUGCAGGCACUUCAAGUUUUGAACAGUACACAUACUUACGUCGGUGCGCUGCGAUUUUACAGGGCUGCCUACAAUGUAGCACAUUGUUAGCAGUGUCGUAAAUAGAAUAAACAACAACUGAUGGCACAUGAGGAUAUAGUUCGGGUCUUUCCCGGUCACACGCAACAAUCGCUCUAAGUUUCAAAGUCAUAGCUGACGUGGAAAGCCUUGGGAAGAAAACGAAGCGUUUCGAGGAGCUGAAAAAGUUAAGGGCCAUGUGCAAGAAGUGCCAGCUCUAGCUCAGUUGCGUACUUGCUUGAGGCUAUCCAUGCUAUUACUUGACAUAUAGGAUUAUAUCUUGUGUGGGGUGUUAGAAUAAAAAGCAAAGAUCGUAGCAAGCUAGUGAACUGUAAAGCAUUGGGUUACUUAACUACAGUAGGCAAAGGCCGAUCUAGAUUUAUGGCUUCUAAGAAAGCGCUAUCGCCGUAACAAGCUUCGCGAAGUGGAAGAGCGUUCCGUUGGUACCUGCACGGAAGAGAAAUACACAGGAUUAUGGCAAAGGGCCUUAGUUGUGAUACAUGCCCAGGCAUGCCGAAGUGGUGGGUUGAUAAUAAAAGAUGUAGACUGAGUGAAUUUUAUGAAGCUCAGAGUCGCUUCUAGAGAAAUGGUUGUGGCAAUUUAUCAUUUCUAAUCAUCUUGAACGUGCCGCCGCUGCCUGAACCAGCGAGGAAAAUGAAAAGCAAAAAAAACAGCAUCAGGGGAUCGGUAUUUAUUUUUCUAGUCGAGUAAAUAUUUAGGGUGGGGCUGUUCCUUAGAUAAGUUCCACCUAGAGUCCAAAGGGACGAGCAUUUGUUCUCGCAGUGAUCAAUAUCAGAGACGAAUGCAUAAUUGUUGAUUCAGGCUAUCAGUAUUAUCACGUGCAUAGCCAUAGCAUUGCAAUAGAAUGGCAUGCCAUGCAGCCUUUUCCUUUGAAAAAGAGUGGGGUAUCUGAUGCAUUGUGGGCCUGCUCUGUGCCAAGCUACCACUCCAUUUUUGAUACAGGUGUCCUCGAGCGAGUGAACCAAUCAUGGCGGUGAAGCAGAAGCACUUCAAGUCCCCCGUUGCAGUGAGAAUGAGGGACAACGAACUUUGUUUUGUUGAUAAGCGAGCAUGUUAAUAUAAAGUUGUAAAGUGCCUAUGCAGAUGUGAAGAUAGCUGAUCUACUAAUUUCGCUGCUGUUGUGGCAAUGAAUGGGCACAGACAUGAGCUACUUUUGAUUUGGAGACCGGUAAAGAAAGUGCACCUGUAUGACCUUGAUUUUCAGAUGCAAAAAAUGAAGGGGCGCAGGAGCAUGAUAAGAAAGGGACAUUGAGGGGAUGUAACUCAGUUACACAAAUUGGCUGCUUGAUCUAU